CGAAACCGGAAAUUACUUCAUGUCGUCUCGCGUUUUUGAUCACGAACCGGAACAAACAAAGCAAAUAUCAAGCGGUGUUGUGGUUAAGCAACCCCAGUCAUAUUCAGACGUUCAGCAAGGGUGUUCGUUUAAUUUAGAACAUGAUUUAUGAUGGUGAACGAGAGUAAAGAGUAGCACAUGAGAUAGCAUUUUUAUUUUUUUGUAACAUUUGUCUAAAGAUUAGGGAAUACCGCCAAAGCAAGGAACAAGAUUUUAACCGGAUUCGUAGGAAAUUUUGAACAGUGUAAGAUAUUUUAGUAUUCGUUGGUUUUACAAAGAUUAUUUUAUUAUUUUAUUUUUUUAUAACUAUGAAAGGGCCCUCUUCUGCAGUUUCUAGUCGAAGGAAGAGCGGGGCGACAAGGCUGUUGUGGUCACUGUUUGGUGCCUGCCUUGUUGCUGCAGUCAUCGGGUACAAACCAGUGGUCAUAGUCCAUGGGUUGUUCGACAGCUCCGGGGAAUUUGUGGAAUUGCUUCGCUUCAUCAAUCAGUCUCACCCAGGAACCAAUGUGUCAGUCUUUGACCUGUUUGACCGCAGCUCCAGCCUACAGCCACUAUGGAAACAAGUGGAGGGCUUCAAGGCUGCCAUCUAUCCCGUCAUGCAGAACGCUGCAGAUGGGGUCCACUUCAUCUGCUACUCUCAAGGUGGACUGAUUUGCAGAGGAAUCCUAUCUACUCUCCCUGAUCACAAUGUCCACUCCUUCAUCUCUCUGUCCUCACCUCAGGCUGGGCAGUAUGGAGACACAGACUACCUGAAGUACCUCUUCCCCCAGUUCAUGAAGUCCAACCUGUUCCAUUUCUGCUACACCUCGGUGGGCCAAAGGAUAUCUAUCUGCAACUUCUGGAAAGACCCCCAUCACAUGGACAUGUACGUGAACGGCAGUGAUUAUCUGGCUUUAUUGAACAGCGAGAGGCCAAAUCCCAAUUCAACAGUGUGGAAGAAGAACUUCCUACGUAUCAAGAAGCUGGUCUUAAUCGGGGGGCCAGACGAUGGAGUCAUCACACCCUGGCAGUCCAGUCAGUUUGGAUUUUACAAUGACAAUGAGACUGUCGUUGAGAUAAAGGACCAGGAUCUAUAUUUGAGAGAUGUGUUUGGUCUGAAGACCCUAAAUGCUCGCGGGGACCUGUUCCUGUGCUCCAUGGCUGGAGUAGAGCACAUCAAUUGGCACUCCAAUUACACAGUGUUCAACACCUGCAUUGAGAAGUGGCUUGUCUAGAGCUGACUACUCCACCAAACAGCAUUACAAGAACAGUAAUAUUUCAUACAAUCGUUACAGUGAAAUGCACACACCUACAUGCACAAAGUUUUACUUCUGCAGUGUGAUACUCAUAUUUCCUCUGUGUGUGAAACUCUUACAUUUCUGUGAGUGAUUCAAAACAUCAUUACCCUCAAACUCACAUGUACAUACACUGUUACAUGUGUAUCUGUGUUUUACACACACAUACCUCAACGUAUCUCACAACAGUGCCUGACUGAGUGACAUCAGGUACAUUUGCAGACCUACUGCCCAGUUCAUCUCAUUGCUAAAGUGACUUUUACCAUUGGUUUUACCUGGUAACAAAUGUCUGUCUUUUUAACCUGUAAAGUAAAUCCUUAUGGUGGUCGUUGCUAAGUUAUCCAGCAGACCGCUGCAGUAGAAAUCAUGCCUUAAGUUUUUAGAAUUUAUAAUGUUACCCAUGUGUCUGUGUUCCAUUAUGUGUUUACAAACCGAAGUGCUAUGGCACACUGCCUCUAGUGAUUGUGCUAAAAAGGGGGAGUGGAUAGAAAAAAGGGAAGAGAUACUGGAGACAAAAAAGAAGAAAAAUGAGAAAGGAAGGAAGGUUUAGGAAUGGAUGGAAAGAGCAGAGUGGCAGUGCGAUGAUGUCAUUUACCUGUCCACUUGAGCAUAACGUAUGUGACAUACCUGUACCCCUCGUUGCAUUUAGAUAUCUCAGGCUUUUGAUCAAACCUAUGUCUGUUUUUGUCAGAAAGGGAAUGGUUUAUUUUUAAUUCAACUGUUUGUUUUACUGCUAUAGGUGUUUUUAUUAUGGUUGUAUGAAAAGGGGGAUUGGCUGUGGCACUAUAGUGAAAGUACUCUAAGUUACAAUGUGAAUUAAGACAGCAAGCAUUGCACAAAGAUUGAAAAUGUAAUAUGCUAAAAUGUAACUAGAUGUUAACUUGAAAUGAGACUCAGAUUGUUGUAUCUUGUACAAAUAUUUUUACCGUUGACAUUGCAGUUUUAUGUGUAUAUAUUUUAAUAUUGUCACAGACUCUUCCUGGUUUAUGUUCUGCUUCUAAUGGAAGUUUUAAAAUUGACGUUGCAUAAAUCAAUAGAUUACAAAAAGGGAUA